ACAGCUCCAAGCCUCAUGGGAAUCUGCGGCAAAGCAACAUCUUUCAAGCUACGCCCUGCUGAUAGAACUCGAAGAACAUAAAAUUGCCGCCCAAAUCCCUCAAAUUCCAUAAAUUCGCUACUCUUUCAGUCUCAAAAUCCUACAGGGCUUAGAUAUAAAGGGAGCUGAUAGAAAUGGCUAGAAAAUCUGAAAAAUUUUCUGCUGAUUUUAUGAUGGGAGGAAUGGCAGCAUUGGCAUCGAAGAGUGCUGCAGCACCAAUUGAAAGAGUGAAACUUUUAUUGCAGAAUCAAGGAGAGAUGAUUAAAAGAGGUCAACUCAAAAGACCAUAUGUGGGAGUUAGUGAUUGCUUUAGAAGAAUCUUGAGAGAAGAAGGUGUGUUGUCUUUUUGGAGAGGCAACCAGGCCAAUGUCAUACGAUAUUUCCCAACUCAGGCUUUCAAUUUUGCAUUCAAAGGUUAUUUCAAAAGCCUUUUUGGACAUUCAAAAGAGAAAGAUGGUUACAUAAAGUGGUUUGCUGGAAACCUGGCUUCAGGUAGUGCUGCUGGGGCAACAACUUCACUUCUUUUGUAUCAUUUGGAUUAUGCACGUACCCGGUUAGGGACUGAUGCAAAGGAGUGCCCAAUUAAUGGUCAACGGCAGUUUAAAGGAUUACUUGAUGUAUACAGCAAAACCUUAUCAAGUGAUGGAAUGGCAGGCCUGUAUCGGGGAUUUGGGGUUUCAAUAAUGGGUAUCACCCUGUAUCGUGGCAUGUACUUUGGCAUCUACGACACCAUGAAGCCCAUCAUUUUGGUGGGAUCAUUUGAGGGGAAUUUCUUGGCUAGCUUCUUGUUGGGUUGGAGUAUCACCACAGUCUCUGGGGUCUGUGCAUACCCCUUCGACACUUUGAGACGGAGAAUGAUGCUGACCUCUGGACAACCUGUGAAGUAUCAUAAUGCAUUGCAUGCAUUUCGUGAGAUCAUUCGCCUCGAGGGUUUCACAGCACUAUACCGAGGAGUUACUGCAAAUAUGCUUGUUGGAAUUGCUGGAGCUGGAGUAUUAGCAGGAUAUGAUCAACUGCACAGAAUCGCAGUUCAUCAUGGUUACAUUAUGGAGGCGCAGAAAAACAUGUUGAAGUAGUAUCUCGUAUGUUGAGGGGUUUUUUUAAUUUUUUUUUAUUUUCUUUUCUCCUCUCUUAGCUUCAUAAAAUUGAUUCUUGCACGCAUUGGUCGUGACAAACCGUGAAAAGAAAGAAAAGGAAAGCUGCAUUUGAUCUUUCGAGGCGGCUUCCACCCUCAACAGCACCAGGAAAAUGAAAGGAUAUCUCAUCAGCCUUGAACUACUAACUGAAUCAGAGUUGAGCGUGGAUAAGAAGUUCAACCUCAACAAGAGUAAAGCAUCAACUUUAUCUGAUAAUAUAUCUUGGUGAUGUUAGCAUGGCAUAAUGAUACAAGUGUACAUAUUCAAGUAUUUAUUCAUGUUUAUAAAUGUUCAGUGGUAGUUUCAUGAUAAAAUUAGAAAAAACAAAAUAAAAUAAAAAUCUGGCCCUUGCUUCUCUC